AUGGAGGGGAGUAAAAGCUUGAUAAAGUUGGUCUUUUCUUGGUCUGUUCAAGAUGUUCUUAAUCAAGACCUCUAUAAGAACAAGGUGAGGAAAAUUCUGAACACAUUCCCGUCAGUCACUCUCUAUAGGAACUCAUUUAUUCCCCCACUCAUCGAGGAAACUCGUGCUGAUUUGUGUUCAAGCUUGAUGGCGGUAUCAUUGGCACCAGCAUGUGAAAUAUUGUACAUUGAGAAGUCUGGGGAUUACAAGGAGCCUGAUGAUUUGAUAUAUGAUGUUGGAGUGAAUAAAAUUAGCGAUGCUGAAAAUGAGAAGGAAGUGUACGUGCCUGAGAAUGGAGAUCUCCUUGUGUUGGCAGAGGUAUGGCCGAAAUGCAUUGAUGAUUUGAGCUGGUCUAGUGGAUCAUAUAAGAUUGCUUUAGUUCAAAGGAAAAAAAGAUUUGAACAUGAAGAUUAUGAUGAGAUUCAAAUUUUAUCAUCAAAGGCCAUCGAAGAGCAAGACAUGCAGAAACGUAAUGAGCAAAAGACUCGUUUUGCUGUUUUUCUAACAAACAUAAAAACAAACGUUCGAAUAUGGAAGGCACUGAACCUGCUAGGAGAAGGGAACAUGGACAUCAUUAAACAAGUGCUGCAAACUGAUUCCACUGCGGUAGACAAUUGUGCCAGCUGCUUCAUUCGAGAAAAGCACAACAUUGAUGCAUCAACUUUAGGUGCAUAUAUUCGCUCUUUUGAUCUAAAUGCUUCCCAAGAAGAAGCAGUUUUAACUUGUAUAUGUGCGAGGGAAUGCUGUCAUCAGAAUUUGGUCAAACUAAUAUGGGGUCCUCCUGGGACAGGAAAAACAAAAACUGUAGGUGCAUUAUUAUUUGCAUUUUUCAAAAGGAAAUGCAGAACACUUAGUUGUGCCCCAACUAAUGUGGCAGUGUUAGAAGUUACUUCACGGCUUCUGAAUUUGCUAAUCCCAAAGCUUGAAUAUAAGACUUAUGGUCUUGGAGAUAUUAUCUUAUUUGGGAAUGGUGAGCGGAUGAAGAUUUGUAACCGUGAUGACCUUCUUGAUGUAUUUCUCGACUAUCGUGCUCAUAUACUUUCCGAUUGUUUUGCACCUUCAUCUGGGUGGAAUUAUCUCGUAAGAUUGAUGAUAUGCUUGCUUGAAGAUCCUGGCAAGCUUUACCAUGAGUACUUGGAAAAACAAGCCAAUAGAAAGAAAGACAAAAAUUUCAAAGCACAAGAGAAGAGAAUUCUUGGAAAUGAGAAGCUUCAAAACAAUGAAGAAAAACAGGAUGUUGUCGAUGCUAAAGAAUCCAGAAACCAAAAUAACAACUUUUCUUGGAGGAAAGUUAUUUUGCAAACCUUAGAAGAAAGCAAGAAGACAUGGAAGGAGAAAUCUUGUCGUAGGAAGGAAAGCCGCAUGAGGCACAGCAGAAAAGAGGACAAAGUUCCUCUUUCUCAAAAUCAUGAAAUUGAAGGAUUGACAUUUGAGGAGUUUGUAAACUGUAAAUUUAAUGACUGCAAAGAUCAGAUGCGGAUGCAUGUUGUAAUCAUGCAUACUCACUUGCCAACCUCUGUCAUUUCUCCAAGAGUGGUAAAAAUGAUGGUUGAAUUCCUUGAGUCUCUUGAACUGCUUGAUUCUUUAUUACAUGCCGCUGAUGAAGGUUUAGGUCAUGCCUGCAACCAACCUAUGGAUGAAAUUAACGGAAUUGGCUUUUCUAAGCAGUUGAAGCUGGAAGAGGCUAGAAAACAUUGCCUUCAAAUACUCAAAUUGCUCCUCAGUAAAUUUACUCUUCCAGACAUUUCUGGGAAGUCUAAAAUCAAACAUUUCUGUUUAGAAAAUGCUCGCUUGAUAUUUUGCACUGCUUCAAGCUCUGCUAAGUUGUAUGCAGAGGAUAUGUUACGAUUGAGUUUGGAAGUGUUGAUUUUAGAUGAAGCAGCCCAACUGAAAGAGUGUGAAUCAACUAUUCCUUUACAAUUUCCUGGUGUGCGUCAUGCUAUCCUUGUUGGGGAUGAGUGCCAGUUGCCUGCAAUGGUUCAAAGCAAGACUUCUGAGAAGGCUGAAUUUGGAAGAAGUUUAUUCCAAAGACUGGCACAAAUGGGACACAAAAAGCACCUUCUGAAUGUUCAGUAUAGAAUGCAUCCAUCAAUAAGCUUGUUUCCAAAUGUAGAGUUCUAUGGAAAGCAGAUUAUUGAUGCUCCACUUAUUAAAGAAAGAAGUUAUAGAAAGUGUCUUCUUCAAGGAAAAAUGUAUGGCAGCUAUUCUUUCAUAAAUGUGGCCUAUGGACAUGAAGAGGUUGAUGGUGGGAAAAGCCGAAAAAAUGUGGUAGAGGUAGCCGUCGUCUCUGAAAUAAUUGCAAAACUUUUUAAAGAAUCAGUUUUGAUGAAAGAGAGAUUAAGCAUUGGUGUUAUAUCACCUUACAAUGCUCAGGUUUCUGCCAUUCAGGAGAAACUUGGAAAGACAUUAAGUAGAGGUUCUGGCAGUGGUUUCUCUGUCAGCGUGCGCUCUGUUGAUGGGUUUCAAGGUGGCGAGGAAGAUAUCAUAGUAAUCUCCACUGUCAGAUGUGAUCUGAUGGGUUUGGUGGGGUUCCUUUCCAGUCCGCAGAGAACAAAUGUGGCUUUGACGCGUGCAAGGUAUUGCCUCUGGAUUGUGGGAAAUGGAGUAACUUUAGGUAAUAGUAAUUCUGUUUGGGAGAGAUUGGUCAUUGAUGCCAAAACUCGGGGACUUUUUUAUAAUGCUGAUGAGGAUGAGAGUUUGGCUCAGGCUAUUGUAGUUUCACUCAUGGAGGUUGACAAACCUGAUCAAUUUCCUAAUGCAGACUCAGUCCUGUCUAAAAAUGCAAGGUGGAAGGUUUUCUUUCAUGAUGGUCUCUCCAAAUUCAUUGCAAGAAUUAAAAGUGUGGAGAUUUGUGAGCAAGUUAUUUCAAUGUUAAGGAAGCUUUCAAGUGGUUGGCGUCAGCCUCAUAAAGGGAGAGAUCUUACUUUCAUGAAUGGGGUUUCUUCUCAACUGUUGGAGCAAUAUAAGAUUGAUGGAUCACUCUACCUUGUCUGGACUGUAGACAUUCUAGAGGAAAAUUCAUGCAUUUUCCAGGUUCUGAAGGUUUGGGAUGUUUUAUCUCUGUCUGAGAUACCAAACUUAGCGAAGCUUGUUGACAUCUUCUAUGGCAAAUAUACAGCGGAUCAGAUCAACCGAUGCAAGCUAAGAUGCACUGAAGGGAAUUUGCAGGUUCCGAUGACCUGGCCUGUUCAUUCAAAUGAACUCUCGAAAGACAACUCUGUGGAGUUAUUGUCUAUCCAGUUUGCUUCACUCAGUCGAAAAGUAGGUGUUCUGUCAACAUUGAGCAUGGAGAGAUUGACCAGGAGACGAGAGAAUGUGGUCAUCACUUCCCCUGGAUGCUCUUUCUACUUCUCACGUUUGGAAGUAGAACAGUUGGCUGUUCCUUCUGUCCCUGUUCCUUCUCCUUCCAAACCAGUUGAAAACAACCAAAAUUUCUGUCAUGGAGAAUCCAAUAUUAAAGCCUGUCGGGGCAAUUGUGAUUUUAUAUCUGAUAGAUACUCCAUAAUGGGUGGCGAAACAGUUGAUAGUGGCAUCUUGUGUGGCAGUUCCGUCGGAAGAUAG